UAACUUCAAUGUGUUCGGUGGCGCCGUCGGGGAAUUUAGCAAAAUAACUAGAGAACCGAGUGAAUAAAUAAAUAAAUGUUACUAAAUUGUUGAAAGUUAUGUGCACUUGCAAUCGUUUAAACAAAAUGCGGGCUUGCAGAUACAUUUCGAAUAAUCAUAAACGUGUGCGUUACUGUCGAUGCAACAGCAGCAGCAAAUAAGUGGGAAAGAAUGAGAGUGCAAAGCAGAUGGCAAAGAGCGUCGCGCCGCAUUGGUGUUGGUUUGUGUGUGUGCUCAAGUGCGUGUGUGUGCAUAUAAAGUAGAAAGCGGCGGUAAAAACUUGUAAAAACCACACACAUAUUAUACAUAGAUAUAUUUAUAUAUAUACAUAUGUCUACAACAAAUACUAUAAGGUUUUUAUUUCCGACGAGAUCGAUUUUAUCGUCAAUUGGAAUUUAAAAUAAGUCGCACUUAUUGCACUCCAGAGAAUCUGCAAGUCAAAACAAAACAAACGUGAAACGUAGCCGAAAAACGCCUGCGAGUGUGCGUGUGAGAGUGUGAGUAAGAAAGAGGCAAAUCAAAAAAUAUAGUGCAUACGAAGAGCAAGCGCAAAACGUAAUCGAUGAAAUUCGUGAUAAUUCACAAAAUUUGUAUUAACAAAUGGUUGAAUAAUAUUUAAGCCAGGGCUUUAAAAAAAUACAAUAUAUACAUAUGUUUAAAUGAUAUCUUUAAACACAAAACCCUUCAUUAUCGAAACGUUUUAUACUUAAAACGAAUACAAACAUAAUAAUUGGGCUAAAUUAUUAUUGCCGACACUUUUGCGCCUUUUGUAUUGUCGCCUUGAGAGCUCUCUUUCGCUCCAUCAGCUCAAUAUGAUGUUGUUAAUCAGCUGCAGCCAACCUAAACAGUUAUAAUAUAUCAAUUAACAGCCACUCUUAUUGACUACGUAAGGCAUAAUACGUAGUAGUAACAGUAAACAAAAUUGCUGCAGACAAACAUGAGUCGUCUACAGAAGCAACAGCCACAACAACAACUCCAGCGCAAUCAGUGCGAAAUCGUUAGUAGCAGCAGCAAUAAAAACACGAAAAGCAGACGUAAACCUCCGCUGCCAGCAGCGCCGCCUCCGCGAGAGGAUAUUGAAAAAAUGAUGGAACACAUCAAUGGACACGCGACAACAAAUGGUAAUGGAAGUGGGAAAACGUCGACAAAGCGUCGGCGGCAAAGCGACGAUGAAUCGCAACAACGACAACAACAACAGCAGCAGCACUUGACCAAUGGCAUCAGCAGCAGCAACAACAGCAAGCAUGUCAAGUUGACGGAAGCAUCGUCGACUGCCAUCUCGAGUUCCCCCAGCUCAGCGUCAAGCUCAUCGACUGGGCAACAACAACAACAACGUCACAACAAUAACAGCAAAACUGUUAACUACAAUAAUAACAACAAUAACAGCAAAAAGACCAACAACAAUGUGCGCCCAUAUCACAAUAACAUCAACAAGAAGAAGCCAAGCUCUAAUACAAAUCCAGAAACAACAACAACAACAACAGGCACAACUGUGGAAUACAGUUACCGUAAUAACAUAUCCACCAUACCAACACCCCCCUCGCCAGCCUCGCCAGCGUCACCGACAAAUGAACCAAUCGCAUCGCCGGAAGUCGUUUGCAUUUCGGAUGCGGACAGCGAGGAGGAGAACGAUGAAUGUGCCGAAUAUUAUGACCAAGAAUCGGAGGAGGACAGCGACUUGGAGAUCCAUGAGUCAACAGCACCUGCCCCCGCCCCCGCUACAGUCACCGCCUCAGCUGCGAGCAGCAGCAGCAGCACUUUAAGGCAUCCCAAUAAUAAAACCAACAACAAUGCAGCGGCCGCAGCAGCCGCGGCAGCAGCAGCGGCGGCGGCAGCAGAGGCAGCAGCAGCUGCCAACAACACAUCACCAUCCACAUACACUUUUCCCACAAGCAACACCAAUCCACUGGAUCUCGAAAACGAGGCGCAUCAGCGGGAUUUAGAGAACGUGACGGACUUGCGUUCCUAUGUCAAACUGUACAGCGAUGAGCAAGUGAGCUUGAAUGAUUUUAAAAUAAUUCGCGUGCUUGGCACGGGCGCUUAUGGACGCGUGUUUUUGGUACGAAAGCUGACCAGGCACGAUGCUGGCAAACUGUAUGCGAUGAAAGUGCUCAAUAAGAUCACCGUAGUGCAAAAGCGCAAAACGGCUGAGCAUACAAAAACGGAGCGUGUGGUUUUGGAGGCUGUGCAGCGUAGUCCGUUCCUGGUCGGCUUGCAUUACGCAUUUCAGUCAUCGUCAAAGCUGUAUUUAGUGCUGGACUACGCCAGUGGUGGAGAGCUUUUUAUGCAUAUUUAUCAUGCGGAAUAUUUCGAGGAAGCUCGCGUUCGCGUCUACAUAGCCGAAGUAGUUUUGGCACUGGAGCAGUUGCAUCAGCUGGGCAUUAUCUAUCGCGACAUUAAGCUGGAGAACAUUCUGCUCGAUGCCGACGGUCACAUUGUGCUCUCCGACUUCGGUCUGUCCAAGAUACUCACGGCGGAGUACGACUAUCGUGCGCACAGCUUUUGUGGCACCUUGGAGUACAUGGCGCCGGAGAUUAUACGCACUGGGCCGCCAGGACACGACAGUGCCGUCGACUGGUGGUCGGUGGGAGUACUGACGUUUGAGCUACUCACCGGUGCCUCACCAUUUGCCACCUCGGAUGGGCAAAGUCAACAAUCGGAGAUCUCCAGACGCAUACAAAAGGAGCAGCCGCUGAUCCCAUCAUCAUUCAGUCCUCAGGCACGCGACUUUGUCAUCAAGAUGCUCGAGAAGAAUCCCAAGCGUCGGCUGGGUGGCAAUCAUCGUGAUGCUAGCGAAAUUAAGGAUCAUCCAUUCUUUAACGGCAUCAAUUGGCAGGAGUUGCGCAGCAAACGUCGAAAGGCUCCGUACAAACCAACCCUUACUGCCGAGGACGAUGUGCAAAACUUCAGCAGCGAAUUCACAGAUCAGACGCCUGAGGAUCCCGAGUGUGAUGCGCCCCCUGCACGCAUCCAAUUGUUCCGUGGUUACACUUAUGUGGCGCCCGAGCAUUUGGAGCAAAUGCGUCGCGACAAUCAUUGUCAGAUCGAGUACUGCAAUCCGGAUCUGCAGAAUAUUCCUUGUCGACCCGAUGAUUUCACGCUUGGUUCUCGCCAUACGCGUGGUGCCAAUGGCACAUGUUAUUUUGUGAUUGACGUGGAGAUUGUGUUUAUGGCCAAGGUGAUACCGCUGUCCAAGUUCCGCAUCUCCGAGGUGGAUGCGCUCACCUCGUGUGCGUUGGACAAGCACGGUCAUGAGCGCAUAGUCAACUAUCAUGGCGCGUUCCGGGACAAGUGCGAGGUGUGGAUCAUUACAGAGUGCUUGUGUGGCGAGGAGUUGGCCGUCUAUUUGCAAACCAAGAAGCUCGAUGAGGACGUGUGCCGCGAGAUCUUUGUGCAACUGGUCGAAGCGAUACAGUAUGUGCACUCCAAGCAUUUCAUUCACGGAGACCUCAAGCCCGAGAAUAUCAUGUUUGUAAGUCGCGAUUGCAUGGAUGUUAGGCUGGUCGACUUUGGCAAUGCGUGCUACAACAGCAAGUUCCAGAGCUGGCGCGACAAGCCGCGCUACACUUUGGACUAUGCGCCACCAGAGCUGCUCAAGGAUCCCAAUGUGGUCACCUAUUCGCCAGCCGUGGACAUUUAUGGCCUGGGUGCCACGCUCUACAUGAUGCUGGUGGGUCAUGCGCCAUAUCGCAUGUAUCGCGGCGACAAUGAUCACAAUCCCGAGGCACAUCACAAGCUGCGCAAGCGCAUGGAGAAGGAGACCUUCAAUCAGACCUCGCAUCGUUGGCUCAACGCGAGUCCGCAGUUCAAGCAAUUGGUCAGCUGGUGCCUGCAGAAGGAUCCAGCGAAUCGGCCGCAGUUGAGCGACAUACUCGACAGCGAGUGGAUGCAACAACAGCAGCCGGCCAGCGAUCCCGAUGUGGACAUUGUGCCACUGCCCGAGCAAGUGGUUGUCGAUCUCAGCGAGGACACCAUGGAGCAGCCCGCAAUCGAGAUGCCAGCCAAGUUAGUCACCGCGACAGACGAACAACAACUGCCACAUCACCACGAGGAUGAUGAUUUGAUUGUGCAGGAGGUGUUUGAUCCCGACUUUGCGGAACUCACCGAUUUCCUGGGCUUCGAUGAGAAUGCGCCACCAUUGCGACUGCCUGACGAGUACUACGUAGAACUGCCGCCGCCACCUCAGCCGCAGUUUGAAGGCGAGGCAUUUGUCGCCGAGCCGCCAACGCAAAUGUUGCCACCAGCAGCUGUGCCGCCGCUGCGUAUUGACGGGGAGCAACGUCCACGGACGCGACAACAACGUCGCACCGAACUGCGGCAAACGGCGGGCACGCCGCCAGAGCCAGAGGAUACCAAGGCCGGGCUGUAUCUGCUGAUGCAACAGCUGCCACCGACGGUGGAGGCGGACCUGCAGCAGCAUCGACAACCGAGGAGAGCCAAGUCACCGCGGCCGCUGGAUGAUCUGCAGGGCUUCAAAAAGGUGAAGGGCAACCUGCGCAAGACGCGCGCCAGCUGGCGGCACUUUUGUCUGCUGCUCAAUGGUGUGCAGCAGGUGCUGAAGCAGCGUUUCAAGAAGCAGCGACGUGUCUACUGUGUGCCCACCAUCAAAACCGAACUCCUGGACGAGGCCUACGAGAAGCCACUGAUAUUUCCACGACCACGACCGCCGGCCAAGCGCAAAGCGAGGCAGCCGAAAGUGGCAAGGGCGCCAACACGUGUCCAGCCGGAAAGAGCGCGUGCGCUGCGACAGCGUUAUGUAUUUGACUGACGACUGCGUGGAAAGUUUGCGGCGGCGGCAGCAAUCGUUGUGGAUCUGCUGGACGUGAAGACCGAGGAUGAGGACGAAGAGGAGGUUGUUGAGGAUGUUUAUGAAGAUGAAGAUGAGGAUGAAGAGCAGGCGAAGCUUGACGCAGAGACAACGGAGGAGCAACGGCAAUUGCAAGCGAUGCUCGCGGCGGCGACAAGUGGACAGUGGACGAAGCUGUGCAGCUGACGACAGACCGAUAGUGAAGUGACGAGGACAAGGACAAGGACGACGACAAGAACGAGAACGAGAACGAGGACCAUGAGACGCCUACGACGCGGCCAAUUGGCAACCAUAUAGGAGUAUAGACACACACAAAUCUGCAUUGUAUUGUAUAGUUAGCAAUUAAGGAGAGCAAAUGUGAAAAGCGGAGAGAAUGUGGGCGUAAAAUGGAUCAAGGCGCAGCACCAAAGAUCCUGUUAUCAAUAGAGAUUUAGCCGUUGUUAUAUUCUAAGGACAUACAGUCUAAGUUGUAUUUUGACUUUUGAAAUAUUAACACCCACCCUACACACACACACACACACAGUCACACAAAAGUAAAGAAAUCCCCACACAAACCUACAUUUCCCUCAUAAACGCGACACGCUCGUUGUUUUUUUUAGAACAUUUUUUGUUUUCUUCUAAUUUAAUUUAGCGUAUUUUUUUGUGUAAAAAGUUCAGGAAAUAAAACACCAAACAAAUACAAUACGCAAUGUUUGGCAAGUGCGAAAUUUUAAAAAUUUUUGAAUCGCAUAAAAAUGCUUUUGCGGAGUUAGUAUAUAAAUAUAUAUAUAUAGACGAUACGCAUACACACACAUAUAUAAAAAUACAUAUAAAGUGAGAAUAAUAGAAUAAUAAUAAUAAUAAUAUAGAUAAUACGCUUUAAGUUGUGCUCUACGUUAAGUUUACAAAUUAUUGUUAACCCACAAGAACUAAGAACAGAGGUAAAAAAAAAGUAAUGCAUAUAAAGUGCAAGUAGCUCUUAUAUUUUCUAUUCUUCAGAUACAAUACAAUACACAUAAUUAAUUAAUUUUAUUAAUAUUUCUCCUCAUUGUUAACUUGCGUUUUAUGCCGCUUAUUUUGUUAGAAAUAUGAAAUUUUUAGCGCCUCAAAAAGUAAAUGUAUGAAUUGAAUUGAAAUAAAAUUUUUAAAAAUACAAAUAUUUACAAUAAUGAAUGAUUUACAUUAUUUUCUUUAUGAUUUCCCCACACACACACACACAAACACAGACAUAUCUUCUAAUCUGUAGAGAGAAAGUGGAAAGAGCAAGAGGAGUCCCAACAUUUAAUAUAUUAAAGUUGCCUUUUAACAAGUUGCCUUAGACAAAACGAAGAAAAACAAAUACGAAAAUGUUUAACCAAAACUCCAAAUAAACAAAAACAGUAAUAAUAACAAAAUCAAGUAUAUUAAUUACUGUUUAAGUGGAAGCCAAAAUACAAAAUACUGGGUUAAAUUAAUUGUAAUAAUCAAAGAACCACACACACA